AUGGCCAUCAGGACUCAAAUCCCAGGUAUUAAAAGGAAAGCUGACCUCCCACCCAUGGCGCUAAAGCAACUUGCACUGAGCUAUCUGGAAGAAGCCCACCCGUCAGCAAAGAAGGUUUUUACGGAUGGUUCUACUACGGCACUCUGCUCAACCAGCGCAGUUUAUGGAGAAGACAUUUCAAAAAGCUACAAGCUGUCACAUACGACAUCAUCCACAGCAGCAGAACUGCAUGGAAUAUUGAAAGCUCUCACCUAUAUCAAGACAUGCGAAAUCGGCUCCUGGAUUAUUUGUAGUGACUCCAAAGCUGCUCUACAGGGACUAUGUCUACCGGACAUGACACAUUUGCUCCACUACAAGAUUCACACUGAUCACUCAGAUGUAAUCGAAAGAGGACACCGUGUCGAACUACAAUGGGUACCAGCUCACUGUGGUAUCGACGGAAAUGAACUAGCUGACAAGUUGGCAAAAGAGGUCCUGUCUCACCAGAAACGAUCACCUAUCCCGUUCACUAAAGGAGAUGCAGUAAACCUGCUCAACAGCAAAACUAAAGUAUACGCGAAGAAACUCUGGCUGAAAACACUGCGAUCAGAAGAUUACAUCAAACACAUUGAUCCAGAGCUCAAGUAUUCCAUACCUGUCAACAUAAAACGGGAAUACACCACAUUGAUUCACCGCAUACGUCUCGGAGUCCUGCCAACCAACUCAGUCCUCUUCAAGCAGGGCAAAGCAGACUCUCCUGACUGCUCAACGUGUAUGCUUCCCGAUACCACCCACCAUGUCAUCACUCAGUGCAAGAAGUUCUCCAAAGAACGUGAACAAUUAGACAAGGAACUAAGAAAGCUUAGUCACACGCCUCUCACCUUUGCCAAGAUAAUGGGCAAUUGGAAUACAAGCUCAGACCGAAAAAUUGCACUCAGUGUGCUGUGUGACUUCCUCAAAGAAACGCAAAUCGUGCAGAAAAAUUAG